UGCUCCUCCACCAUGUCCGGAAUCAACGCUGGCGACGACAAACUUGUAUUCGAGUCCUCCGAGGCGGUCCCAGUUGUCCCAACAUUCGACGACCUGGGAUUGAAGGAGGAUCUCUUACGUGGAAUCUACGCAUACAACUUCGAAAAGCCAUCAGCUAUCCAGCAGCGUGCUAUAGUGCCAAUAACCCAAGGGCGCGACGUGAUUGCGCAAGCCCAAUCUGGGACAGGAAAGACCGCAACAUUCUCGAUCUCCAUCCUCCAAUCUAUCGACGUUACCGUUCGCGAGACGCAGGCACUCGUUCUCUCUCCCACGCGCGAACUCGCCACACAGAUUCAGUCUGUCGUGCUCGCUCUCGGCGACUACAUGAACGUCCAAUGCCACGCCUGCAUUGGUGGCACUUCUAUCGGCGAGGAUAUCCGCAAGCUUGAGUACGGGCAACACAUCGUCUCGGGUACGCCGGGGAGAGUGUUUGACAUGAUCAGGAGGAGGACGCUGCGGACAAGGAACAUUAAGAUGCUGGUGUUGGACGAAGCCGACGAGCUAUUGAACAAGGGGUUCAAGGAUCAAAUAUACGACGUCUACCGAUAUCUCCCUCCAGCAACUCAGGUCGUACUUCUCAGUGCGACAUUGCCGUACGAUGUUCUGGAGAUGACGACCAAGUUCAUGACAGACCCGAUCAGGAUCUUGGUCAAACGUGACGAAUUGACGCUGGAAGGGAUCAAGCAGUUCUUCGUUGCGGUCGAGAAGGAGGACUGGAAGUUCGACACACUUUGUGACCUGUACGACACCCUGACCAUCACGCAAGCCGUCAUUUUCUGCAACACUCGGCGCAAGGUCGAUUGGCUCACAGAGAAGAUGAGGAAUGCCAACUUUACUGUCUCUUCGAUGCACGGAGAGAUGCCACAAAAAGAACGCGACGCGAUCAUGGCAGAAUUCCGUGGUGGCACGUCUCGUGUUCUCAUCACCACCGAUGUCUGGGCCCGCGGAAUCGAUGUCCAGCAGGUCUCGCUCGUGAUCAACUAUGACUUGCCUGCAAAUCGUGAAAACUAUAUCCAUCGUAUUGGUCGAUCGGGUCGUUUCGGCCGCAAAGGCGUUGCAAUAAACUUUGUGACCGUGGACGACGUCCGUAUCCUUCGGGAUAUAGAGCAGUUCUAUUCCACGCAAAUUGAUGAGAUGCCUGUCAACGCGGCUGAGCUCAUCUAAAUUACCGUUGCUUCCCUCGACAUCCUCCAGUCAUGGCCACCGCCUCUUCUGGCCCUUCGUAUCGCAACCGCUCACCGUAGCUUCACAACCAGAAGAUGUCUUGGAAGAAUUGGCAGAGGGUGUACGCUGUUGGAUGGAAGGAGUGGCUCGGAGCCCCUGAGGCCCGAGGAAAGAUACGGUUGAUGUGGGCUCUCUUCGUUUACUCUCUAUCUCGUUGUGGACGCUCAUUGUGAUGUAUCGUAGUACCUGUACUUUAUGCAGCUUGCCCCCAUUGCACUAUGUUAGUUGCUAAACCGUGCUCAAA